AUGGUCCAUCUCUACGACUAUGCCUCCUUCUAUCCGAAUAUCUCCGCCCCUGGAUGGCUUACCGACGCCUCGCUGGGCACGUACGGGGGCAUCUUCCACGCCCCCGCCCAGCAGGCCAGUCCGCCCUCGUUCGGCGCCUACGCCUACUGUUCCAUGCCUCAUCCACGGGAGGAGGACUACUGGCUGCCAGAGCCGGUGGAAAACGGCUCAGUCAAGGCCGAGCUGGUCUAUCUCGAGUAUCUGCAGCGACACCAUCGCCGCACGCCUUACAACAUCCUGCCGGGGGGUGAGAACCAGCCGUACGACUGCGACGACAUUCACCCGUAUCUCUACGCUGGCUCACCAUUAGAGGAGGGUCCGAUCAGAGUGUACGCAGACACGUACAGCGACUCGGCUAAUCCCUUCCUACAUGACUAUGUAAACGGCUCCUGCCAGUACCCGCAGCUCACCGUGGGCGGCCUGCUCGACGCCUACCACCAUGGCCGCGAUCUGUGGGCCGUGUACGGCGCCAGACUAGAGCUACUGCCUGCUUCGCCCGACGGUUCGUCGAUCUGGCUGCGCAGCUCUUCCUCGCCCUUGACGCAGGCGUCCGCGGGGGGGGUCCUGCGCGGGAUCUGGCCUGAGUAUUCUGGCGCCCUGCCGCUACACCAGCAAGCCGCUGCCAUCGACACGGUCGACAGGGGGUUCCCCUGUCCUGCGCGGGAAGCCGUGCUGGACAAGAUCCAGUCUUCGGCGGAAUGGGAGGCCGCGUUGGGUGCGACGCGAUCCCUGCGCGAGUCUCUCGCAGAGCUCUUCGACGCCAACACCUCUGCGUGGAUGUCGACCUUUGACCACUUCGCAGACAACUUCCAGGCACGGCUUUGUAACGGAUAUCAGUUACCGUGUCGGCGUGAGGAGGAGGAUUCCUCUUGUGUCACACAUGAGCAGGUAGAGGCUGUCUUCCGCGCCGGCGACUGGAUGUGGGACUUUUGGUUCCGCGCCAGCCAGGAUGCAGCCCGGUACAUCACGCUCGUCGAGGGGAUGUUCAUCGGCGAGAUCCUCGCCCGGCUGAACGCCGUGGUCCGUGGCGAGCAGGAUCUCGUAUACAGCCAUACUUUUGUUCAUGACGGCGAUGUAGGGCCUAUUCUGGGCGCUCUGGGGAUUACAUCCUUGCGAUGGCCGGGGAUGGCCUCCAACAUUGCCAUUGAAGUUUGGAAAUCUGAUGGGCUCUUCGCUCGCGUGCUUUACUGCGGCCAUCCCAUCCAGACCGUGCAUGGCUCGCUGGACUGGACUCCUCUGGGAGAGUUGAUUCAGAUUCUACAGCCUUUUGUUCCAGAGGAUAUCGUGAAGAUGUGUAAACAGAAUAUUGAUAAAAGGUGA